GAUUACAAUGUUUAUGCAGAUUACUUUAUAAACCGGAUUGAGAGAGAGGUACAGAAUCUCUGUCCAUUUUCACAGGUGGAGGAGACCUCAUCAUAAGCGGCAACAAUGCCGGUCAUAAAUGUAGAAGAGCUGACAGAUCUGGAUAAGGCUAAAAUGGAAGUAACCCAGCUCAAAACUGAAGUGAAGCUUGAAAGGGCGCAGGUGUCCAAAUGCUGUGAAGAGAUUUCAGAGUACAUUCAGGCUGGAGCAGAUGAGGAUCCUUUGGUCAAAGGCAUUCCAGAGGAGAAGAACCCAUUCAAGGAGAAAGGUGGAUGUGUCAUUUGCUGAUGUGGACAGAGAAACCCCCAACUUUAGUGUUCAUUGCUGCCCAUGGACACCUGCUAAAAUUUAAUCAUAGCUGGAAUCCACUCUGCUACCUGAAAAAGGACAAUCACAAACAUGGAUAGAUGUUCGAUUAACUCUAAAUGGCUUUUUCUCCCUUGUAAAUGAGUCCCCAGGAUCUGGACCCUCAUAUGUUGUGUAUUCCUCUUUGAAGAGCUGUAA